AUGUCUUUAGUUCCAUAUUUCAACGAUUUGUCAUUUUAUUCUGACCCUAGUGCUCACAAGUCUAGAUAUGCUAGUCUUGUUAAAUCUUUUAAGAGCAACUUCCCUGAUGACAAGAUUGAAUUCUUUGCAAGAUCUCCUGGUAGAGUCAAUCUAAUUGGCGACCAUAUCGACUAUAACUACUUCCCUGUUUUACCUAUGGCCAUCGAAGUUGAUGUUGUAGCAGCUGUUUCAACAAACGAUAGUUCAUUUAUAAUUAUUUCCAAUACCGACUCUGACAAAUUUCCACAGGAAAAGGUUGCUAUUGGACAAGAUUCUGAUUUUGUUAUUGAUCGUGAACAUCAUACAUGGGCAAAUUAUUUCAAAUGUGGGUUGAUAGUUGCUGCUAAGUUCUUGCAAGAAAAAUCAGGAGAAGGUAAAUACAAGUUGAAAGGAAUGAAUAUUACGUUCAGUGGAAUUGUGCCAACAGGAGGUGGCUUGUCUUCUUCCGCCGCUUUCUGUGUCGCCUCAACAUUGGCUGUGUUGCACGCAAAUGGUGUGAAGGAAAUCAGCAAAGCAGAUUUGACGAGAAUCACUGUUGUUUCUGAGCACUACCUCGGUCUCAACAAUGGUGGAAUGGACCAAUGUGCUUCUGUGUACGGAGAGCAAGGUAAGGCGUUAUUCAUUGAAUUCCAGCCACAAUUAAAGGGAACCCCAUUUGAAUUCCCCGUGAAGAACUUGACAUUUGUGAUUACAAAUAGUUUACAGGUUUCAAACAAGUAUGAAACUGCACCAAUCCAUUACAAUUUGCGUGUUGUUGAGAUGGCAAUUGCGGGUGAUUUAUUGGCAAAAAAAUUAGGCGUAGAGGGUAAACCGGGUAUUGCAAGGGAUUCAAACGUUGAUACAUACUCGCUCCGUGGAGUUAUGGAGGGCUACUGUGGACCUUGGGAUGGUGAAAAUUUAAAAGAAGGGGCAGCCAAGUUGUCUAAGAUGAUUGAUGUUGUUAGUAAAACCUUGACCGAGAAGAAAGGAUACACCGUUGAGCAAUGCUGUAAAGAAUUGGGCAUCACUGCUGAAGAAUUCCAUUUGAAAUACCUUGAGAAGAUUCCCGUCAAGUUCGAUGUAUUGAAGUUAUAUCAACGUUCACUCCACGUUUAUCGUGAGAGUUUGCGUGUGUUGCAAACACUCCAGUUGCUAUCAUCGCCAGUUGAAGACGAAUCCAAGUUUUUCCAAGCCUUUGGGUCCCUUAUGAACGAGUCACAGCAUGAUCUCGAUGUAUUGAACGAAUCCUCAAAUUCUAAGCUCAAUGAAAUAUGUGCAAUUGCAUUGGAUAAUGGUGCAUAUGGGUCAAGAGUUACAGGAGCUGGCUGGGGUGGAUCAAUUGUGCAUUUGACUUCCACGGAGAAUUUGCCCAGAUUGACUAGCAGUUUAAUUGACACGUAUUACAAGCGCGAGUUCCCUCAAAUCAAGGAAGAAGAAAUACAAGAGGCUGUGAUUGAUAGCAAGCCGGCAACAGGAAGUUGCUUGCUAUCCGCUGAAAUUAUUGACAAGCUUGUGAAUUAA